UAACUAGGUGAGGACAACAGCGUUCGCGGCGAGUGACAGCGAGCGCGCGACGAACGCCAUUUUGCCCGUGUAAUUAAAUGUCAAGCAGACGCCAUUUUGUGAGAUAUAAACAUUGCCGAACGUGUGCACUGGACACGUGCUUUGUGGUACAUUUAUCAAAAUAUCUUUUAGGUCUUAUAAAAUUACGUAAAAAAGUAACAAUAUAUAAACACUGUUAUAAAAGACAUAGAUGUUUUAAAUUGAAAUGUUAGGGGCUCCACGGCACACGGUACUCGGCAAUCGGCAGGCAUCUCACGUCCGCGCUGUGGACAAUGACACCUCCUAAUCGGCCGCCGCUACGUAACCUCGCGCGCUCGCCUUAGGAGGCCAAUGUCGCAGUCCACUCAGACAGAAUAUCGAUUUUGAAGGAGAGGAUGACACAUCCGGCUAAUCGGAAAUUUAGACAAGAAACUCACUCGCCGAUGGAAUAAGUAUAUAAGUGUGACCGUUUUAGGCCAAAGUAUCACUCGUUCUCGAGCCGUCUAAGCAUCCAUAACAAUGAAGACUUACACUUGCGUCCUCCUGCUGGCAGCGAUGGGAGCCGCCGAGCCCCCGUUCUCCAGACAAGCGCGGCCCGGUUUGGCCAGGCAGCGGGCCGACGACGCCCCCUACCCAGCGGCCGGAUUCCGCCCGGCGACGGCGUUCGAGCUACCGAGUCGCGAGGCGGUCGCCCCGCCCUCGACAUCGUACGGCGUGCCCGCCACCAGCUACGGCGCCCCGCUCGCCACGUACGCUGCGCCGCAAACCGAGUACGGUCCGCCCGUCACCGACGCCGGCGAUGAGACGACGGAGGAGGUCGAGACUAUAGAAGGAAGUGAAAACAAAGACGAGAAGGAGAGGCUCGAAGAGGGGCCGAAAGGCGACGCCGAGGUGGUGAGUGCCGAGGGCGCGUACUACGUGCUGCUGCAGGACGGGCGGCUGCAGCGCGUGCAGUACCGCACGGAGAACGACGUGCGCAACAUGGCGUACACGGCGCGCCUGCAGUACCGCGCAGAGGAGCGCGCGCCCCUCUUCGUGUACACCGCCGCACCUCAGUACCAGCCCGCCGCCGCCUACGUGCAACUGCUCUGAACUGUUCUCUGAGGCUGCGUGUGCGUUUGCCACCAACGAUGACUAUUUAUGCUAAACUCCCUCAACAGUUACUAAUAUGUUUUAAUUAUAUUUCAAACACAAAACACAAUUUAGAAACAAAAUAAAAUUGAAUCGAGAGUGAGAAAUGUCUACAAGCGACCGAGACCAUUCCCAAUU